AUGUUGUAUAGUGAAAAAUUAACAGGUACGAACAAGAGUCAUUUGGACUUGUCUGGAAUGUCUUCUGAUUUCAAUUCAGUGAAAGAGAAACCUGAACGACAGAUCAGGAUGAGAGACCCUGAAAAAUCAGCCAGCGGUCCUGACCCUCAGCAACCACCAAGUGCCUUAGCUGCCCGAGGAGGCAGGAGAGCCAUCAAGAGUCCUCAGAGGUCAUCCACUAAGAUAAAAGAACAGAAGCACCCGUUAGCCCUCUAUGGGUGGGGAGAGAAACAGACGGACACAGGAAGCCAGAAAACUCACAACGUCUGCGCUUCUGCCCCCGUGCGGGAGAUCCAUGAAUCGGCACUGCGAGCCAAGAGCAGAAGGCAGGUGGAGAAGAGGCGGCUGGCGGCUCAGAGGCAGCGGGCUCACUCUGCUGAUGUGGAGAAAAAUAGGCGGGUCAAGCCUGCCUCCUCAGAGAACCCAUGGAUGACAGAGUAUAUGAGAUGCUAUUCUGCCAGAGCUUGAGGGAAGGAACAGUUGCUUGGACAACCUUUUUUUAAAAGUGUAAAUGAAAGAAAAGAACAAAACAAAAACUACCAAAAGAAACUGGACACAGGUUUAAGAAACCAACUGAUUAUGCAAGGUUUUUCUUGGGGAAUUUCCAAAAGAUUGUCUCUUUUGAUGAAUCCUGGUCACCCGCCUCAGGAGUAGGGUGACAACUGAAGCCAUAGACAUUCGGUUAUUUAUGAGGAGAAUUCCCUAAAUCUUUGAUAUUCUUCUAAGGGGUUUGUUUUAAAGCAUCUUAAUCUUUUAAGACACUGACACCACAUGCCUUUAAAUGGCUGACAGAUGCUUAACUUCAGUUUCUAGGUUCAGGUUAGGUGAAGCCCGUUUUCCUCCUGUU